UACCCGCAUCAAGUGAGCAUCAAUUGGCUCAUCUGCCAGAACACCGUCUCUAUAGUCCAACCUUGUAUGCUGUCACGUGUCAGCACGGUUCCUCCUUCACACGCCCUUUUGUACGCCAUUGGCUUUAACCGUGCGAGGCUCAGCCCUUCCUUGAUUCAGUUAUCCAAUUAGAAACUGCUGCUUUUUACGAACUGGAGAAGUUGUGUCUGUUGGCUGUAAACAGCUGAGAACUGAUGCUAGGCCCAAAUUUUAUUCUGGCUGGUACUGGACUUCCAUGACCCGGACUGAGCCUGCGACAGAAGGUUGUCAGCAGUGUGAGUGGGAUUUAGAAGCUGCUCCUGACAUCAUCACUGAUCCUCCCUAGACUGGCAAAAUGCAAGCAAUCAUGGGACAUUCUGUAGAUGGUAAUAAUAAGUCAUCUUUAAAUCAAAAUAACCAAGGAAAAGAGAAUUGUUUGGGCGCUCCAGCAUGCAAACUGCAGGGUAAGAAAAAUCCAACUGUGCAAGAUCCAAAAUGCAGUCGACUUCCAGUGCCCAUAAAAACAAAACCUCCUCCUGACUUCCAGAAGAUGCAUCAAGCUUGGCAGAAUCAAUUCCAAAAGGGUAAAGCUGUCAGCAAAAAGUCCUGCACCCGUCCUUGUCCCUUUAAUCUUUCCCAGAAAGGAGAUAGGUUCCGUGUAACUCAGCCAAAUGAUGUGGGUGGUCCUGUGAAGACCACAUACCAUCAAAAAUUGAAUGUUUCUAAACCAGUCAACCCAGGCAGAGAGCCCUUGUCAGACAUGUUUAGUGGCUGGAAUAAGCAGGGGAUCCGCUUGAUGAAUUCAAAUGAUGUAGAGUUUAUAGCGGAUCCAUCAGCUCUGGAUAGUAUCCUUUGUGAUGCUGGUGUGUCACGGGCUGCCUUAGGUGCAUCUGGGAAGCUCAGCCUGGCACAGAGGGUGCCCAUGAGAGGAUCAUCAACUUCCUUUUCAUUUGGAAAUAACGUGGUCAGAAAUUCCAUGCCAGUGUAUUCCAAUUGCUUCCCGAAACUGUUGGCACAAGGUGCUGUGCAGCAGUUUAAGAAGCCUCUCUCAGACAAAAGCUUACAUCAACUUGUUGCUCCUAAACAAGAUGGUAUUCUUCACUCCCAAGUAAACCCAGUGUUACAGCAGAGGAACAUACAAACUCAGCUACUCAACAGUACUGAAUCAGACACAGAGAAGCAAAAUAUUCAAACUUCAGGCAGUAACAAACACACUGUGGAUACAGAGAAUGCUUCAGAAAAGAAGUCUAGUCCAGUACAGGAGACUGGUGAAUGUAAGGAGUCAGAAGCUGGAUCUGGAAAUUUUGUUGCAGAUUCACAGGCAUUGGCCAGUAUCCUUUCAGGUACUGGAGUGUUAGCUGGCAAUUUUGGGAAGCUCAGUUUGGCACAAAGGGUUCCAGUGCAUGACAGAAAAAGGUCUCUUAGGAGCAGCAUGGUUACUUCAAAUCCUGGUGUUUGUACGAAUAUGACAUUGGCAAAUAAAGAUCUCUUCUUAAGUCCUCUCCGUGUUCCUAAGAUUACACAGCCUAUGGAUUCCCCAGUCACUUCUGCAAGACGAGUUGCUGUUUCAAAAUCAGCCAUGCCAUUCUCCAACACCCGCUCUACUUUUAGAAGGAACCCAGUGUUCCCUAAAACACCAAGAGCCAUUGCUCUGGAAAUGGCAAACAAGCGCUUAGAGGCUGAUUCUGUUGACCUUCAGACUCCAUCAAAUCCUUCCGUUAAGUGGGCAGACAUGUUAUCUUUUGAGGCUGUCUCUGAAAAGGAAACUAUACCGGAUCACGUGGUAAUGAGGUUGUUUACAGAUGGUGAAUGUCCAGAGGAGGUUGAAAAAGACCUUAUGUUUUCUGUAGAAAAGGAAAUACCUACCCCAAAAUCAAAGGAUGUGACAGUGACCACCCCCACAUCCUUCUCUGUCCAAAACAUUGAAGAGACAGCAAUGUCAGAGAUUUCUUUUGCUAAUAACCUACCCACUUCUCAGAUAUUGCAUCCACAUUUUACACCAAUAGAUUCUGAAAGUGCUGCUGCUGUUGUCAUACCACCACCUGCCUGUACAGAAAAUAUUCGGGCCAGCUUGCCGCUAUCAUUUCUUGCACAUCCUGCUCUCAAAGCUUUACCUACCAAUACUUUGGGUCCUUGCUCUUUACCACACAUUGCACGAUUGCGUCUCCAUGCCACAGUAUCUGCAAAACAGAGGUUCUGGGAAACAUGUUUAGAUGACGAAUGUGCCUUUUACACCUCUCGUGCAACAUCGAUCUCUAAUAGAAACAAUAUUGACGAUCCCGUGGCAACUACACUGGAGAGGCAAGAAAAUCUGGUAUGGAACACAAGAGAUGUUUAA